AUGUCGCAGAAGGCGCUCAAUCAAAAAGAUGGCCGCAAGAGGGUGCUCAUCGUUGGCGCAGGUGCAGCUGGCAUGGCCGCUGCAUACCACCUCUCCAAUCAUCCCGACAAGUUCGACGUGAACCUCAUCGACGCCGUGGACUACUGUGGGGGCCAGGCAUUCUCCAUGCCGCUUGAUAAAGAGAAGCAUGGCGCAAGCUGGUUCAACCAAGGCUAUCACGCCGACCCUGUCAACCUGCAAGUCUCGUUCGGCAAGGACAAGUUCUUCUGGACCAAUGUGUUCCCUACCGAAUUCAUUGCCAGCCAUCAGAAAGAGGUCGGAAGACUGAACUUCGUGCUCAAGUUCAUGCGGUACUUCGAGCUACUGUUCGCUCUCGUGCCCAUGAAGAUCUUCUUCAAGAUGUUCCUCUUCUCUACCGAGUUCACCAACGUGGUCGCAUUGCCCAUGACCGCCUUGUUCCUUGGAACAGGAAACGCAACCCCGGAAGUACCCACAAUCAUGCUGGAGCGCCUAACAACGAGUCCCACCUACGGCAUGUGGUACCCUGGCGACAAGCACAGCGUGGUCAGCAACAAGCCCGACAUGGUGGUCUUCCCCAACUUCUCCGACUUCUACGAAUCAUGGCGCAAAGACCUCGUCGCUCGCGGCGUCAACGUCCGCCUCUCCACCGAAGUCGUGCACAUCCACAAGCGAGACUCCUCCGGCGUCACCCUGUCCCUCAAGAAGCGCACACCCGCCCCAGACGGCCACAACCCCAACAGUUGGGAGACCGGCGACCGGGACGCACCCCUCUUCGAAGAACAAUACGACGAAGUCAUCCUUGCUUGCCUCAGCGACACCAGCAAACGCCUCCUCGGCAAGACCGCCUCUUUCCGCGAGAAGAAGGUCCUGGGCACAGCCAAGUUCUCCGACGACAUCACCAUCACCCAUAACGACUCCGAGUACAUGAAGAAGCACUACCAGAAUUUCUACGACGAGAAGCUGGCAGUUAAGUCCCUAUCAGGCAAGGAUCAAUCCUCUCGUGUGGACUGGGCGAAGAAGAAUUUCCGGCCCAUGUACUACAUUAAGAUGUACGAUCAGGACCAGUCCAAGCUCGAGAUGUGCUUUGACACCACGAACUACCAAUCUCAAUUCCCAGAGCAUGUCCCAUUCGAGCAGCACGUCUUCCAGACGAUCUACCUCAACAACGACCGCGACCGAAAGCUAUGGCCGAUCGACGAGAUUGACGAGUCCAAAAUCAUCCGUAAGGACUGGUGGCAUCAGCUAUGCCAUAGCUGGACGCACUACGCGUUCGUGGUGCCGCUGAUGAUGUUCCUGCAGGGCAAGAAGCAUAUCCGCUACGCCGCGUCGUGGACACUGGUCAAUGCGCACGAGGUCGCUAUCUUGUCGGGCAUUGCUGCUGCCGUCGACUUAGGCGCAGAGUAUCCUGAAGAUCUGGAGCACGAUAAGUUCGCAUUCUUGUGCUUCAGGCUGUACUACCUGUUGGCGUAUGGGAAGUGGUAUAAGCGCAGGUUCCAGGGUAGCACGAGCCAGAAGGCGAAGGAUGGUCAGAGCUGGGCGAAUGGGAUUUAUGGGAGUGAUUAUCAGGGACCGGGGUUGAGUAAGGAGGAGAGGAGUUGUUGGAAGCAGGAGAUGAAGGUUGGGAGGAGUACCGGAAACUUGGCGGAUGCGUAUGGGUAUAAGGAUGGGAGGAGUCAGCCUUGA